AUGUUGCGUGCCUCAAACAACAAUAUCACUGGAUUCAUACCACAAAGCAUAGGGCAAUUAUCACUGUUGCGGAUACUUGAUGUUUCCUCAAAUAAACUUGAAGGACGAAUUCCAUCGGAAAUUGGUGGUCUAUCAGUAUUGUUCAAUCUAAGCCUUGGUAAUAACUUGCUUCAAGGAAGUAUUCCAGAAGUAAUUGGAACAAUGAAAGAAUUGGAGUAUCUGGAUUUAUCAUCAAACAACUUGAGUGGGUCGAUACACGGGUCAAUUGAGCAUUGCUCCAAGCUUCGCACUCUGAAGUUAAGCCAUAAUCACCUCAAUGGCAGCAUUCCUAUUGAACUAGGGAUGUUGGUAAACCUACAAGAUUUGUUUGAUCUAAGUGACAAUUCAUUCAAAGGCAAGAUACCAAGUCAGCUAGGUAGCCUGAACCUGCUUGAGAACUUGAAUCUUUCACACAAUGCAUUGAACGGCAGCAUUCCAUCAUCAUUUCAGAACCUACUCAGCCUCUUAUCCAUGGAUGUAUCAUACAACAAACUGGAAGGUUGCUUUGCACCGAUAGUCCAUAGAGACAUAUCAAGCAACAACAUUUUGCUUGAUCUGGAAUUCAGAGCAUGCAUCUCUGAUUUUGGUAUAGCCAAAAUACUAUCCGCGGAUGAUUCAAACUGCACGAGGCUUGCCGGGACAAAAGGGUAUCUUGCCCCAGAGCUUGCAUACUCAGCAAGGGUAACAGAGAAAUGCAACGUCUAUAGUUUUGGAGUGCUCACGCUCGAGUUGUUCAUGGGACACCAUCCAGAACCAAAUCCAUCAUGCCGUCCAACAAUGCAACAAGCAACCAAGGUGUUCACUGCAGCUGGAGGACCUGAUAAUCAUGUCGAUUAUCUGCACACUAACACUGUUAUCCCUGCCAGCUGGUCGUGA